AUGUUUUAUAAAAUAAUUUAUCGAAGUAUCAAGGAACAAUAGAAUACUUAAUAUUUAAAUUAAGUAUAGAAGAAUAAAUUAUUCAGUCAGAAAAAAAGAUUUAGAGUUGAUUCAGAAGGAAUUUCAAGAAUUAUUAUAGAAGAAUCUAGUUCAAUUACACUAAUAGAGAGAAUAAUGAAGAUUAUUGGAGAUAUAUCAAUUGAUGAAUCAAUUAAAAAUGUGGCUGAUGAAAAAUUAAAUCAAUCAUAAUUGAUUAUAGAGCAAGAAAAAUAUGAGAAUGUUUAGUAAUAAUUAAGGAUUGUUGAGAAAAAUAACAAUUGUAAUAAAAUAGAAUAUUUCAAAAAUUUUAUCAUUCAAAUCGAUAAAGUUGUUAGACUAUUGAAGAAUUCAAUAAUUAAAAUUUAUAAAUUUUGUAAACACUUAUCUUAGAAUUGUUAAACAAUUUACAAGAAAAGCAAGAAGAAUUAAAAAGAAUUGAUAAAAAAAAUGAUGAAGUAAAAAGGAAUUAUAAAUCUCAUUAGUUGAAUAAUUAAUAAUAUGAAAUUGAUGUUAAGGAUUAAUAUAAAAUCGAAAAAAGUGUUAAUAAUUUUUUGAUGAAAAAUGUAAAACAAAUUUAUCAAUCAUCAUUAAUACAAUAGAAGCAGCAAUUGACAUAACUAUUUUAAGAAGUUAAAUAGUUUAGAAAUAUCUUUCUUCUACUUCAGGAUUAUAACAAAGAGAUUUAAAGAAAAACUACAAAAGUUUUUCUUAAUUACCUCUAAGAGCAAAUUAAUAAAUUUAGUUAAUCACUUUGGACAACAUCUAACAUAUAAUAAAUUCACAAUGAAUCGUUUAAAGAGAUUUUGAAAAAAUAUAAAUCAGUAUAUUAUAAGUUCAAAAUGAAAAAAGAAUAGCAAUAUAUCAGAAUAAACAAAUAUUUGUGA